GCUUCGGUGGCCGGAGGAGGCCGGCCCGGAGCCGCGGGAUCCCGCGAGUCGCGCGCUCGCUUGAGCCGCUGACGCGCGCGGGGCAGGAAAGUUGCACGACAGCCGCGGAGAAAGAUGUCGGGAGAAGACGAGCAGCAGGAGCAGACCAUCGCCGAGGACUUGGUGGUGACCAAGUACAAAAUGGCGGGCGACAUCGCGAACCAGGCUCUGCGGGCGGUGGUGGAGGCAGCCAAGCCGGGGGUGUCCGUCCUGUCCCUCUGCGAGAAGGGGGACUCCCUCAUCAUGGCAGAGACCGGCAAGAUCUUCAAGAAGGAGAAAGACAUGAAGAAAGGCAUCGCCUUCCCUACCAGUGUGUCGGUCAACAACUGCGUGUGCCACUUUUCUCCGCUGAAGAGCGACGCUGACUACAUCCUCAAAGACGGAGACCUGGUGAAAGUUGACCUUGGUGUCCACGUGGACGGCUUCAUCGCGAACAUUGCUCACAGCUUUGUUAUUGGGGUGACCAAGGAGGCACCUGUGACGGGCCGCAAGGCCGACGUGAUCAAGGCCGCCCACCUGUGCGCCGAAGCGGCCCUGCGUUUGGUCAAACCUGGAAACCAGAACACCCAAGUGACGGAAGCCUGGAACAAGAUCGCACAGUCCUUUAAAUGCACCGCCAUCGAAGGGAUGCUGUCCCAUCAGCUCAAGCAGCAUGUUAUCGAUGGGGAGAAAACCAUCAUUCAGAACCCGACUGACCAGCAGCGGAAGGACCAUGAGAAAGUGGAGUUCGAGGUGCAUGAGGUGUACGCUGUGGAUGUGCUCAUCAGUACCGGGGAAGGGAAGGCCAGAGAUGCGGGACAGAGGACCACCAUCUAUAAACGGGACCCCAGCAAACAGUACGGACUCAAAAUGAAGACGUCGCGAAUGUUCUUCAGUGAAGUGGAGAGACGCUUUGACACCAUGCCCUUUACCCUCAGGGCAUUCGAGGAUGAAGGCAAGGCCCGGCUGGGGGUGGUAGAGUGCGCUAAGCACGAGCUGCUGCAGCCCUUCAGCGUGCUCCACGAGAAGGAGGGGGAGUUCGUGGCCCAGUUCAAGUUCACCGUGCUGCUCAUGGCCAACGGGCCCCUGCGAAUCACCAGCGGGCCUUUCCAGGCCGAGCUCUACCUGUCUGAACACGAAGUUCUCGACCCAGAGCUCAAGGCACUACUACAAAGCUCAGCCAGCCGCAAGACACAGAAGAAGAAGAAAAAGAAGGCAUCCAAGACGGCAGAGAACGCCACAGGAGCGCCUGAGAAUGAGGCUGCUGAGUAGAAACCACAUACAAACACACACAUCCACACACCUGACACCCAAAAGAACAGAAAUGUGGACGUAAUCUCGAACGUGCCCUGCCACCAAGCCCGUCGACUUUCAGAUGACUUACCUUCUUUUUACCGUCGAGACUGGAAUCUGCCCGGGACGAGGUCCAGUUAACGUCCCUGUAUCCUUUAGUGAUCUCAAGAUUUACCAGGGCCACAUUAAAAUGUAGCAUUACAGUAGGAAAGUGUCAUCUGUAUAGGAUGAAAUGUCAUCAAGUCAUUAUUUUCACCAAGAGUGUUGAGAGGAAAAGGAUACUGGAAUAACAACCGAAAUUAUACUGGCAUCUAAUUUUAUUUUCACAUGAAAGGUGGUCUCAUUUUUCUAAUUUUUCAUUUUUUGUGUGACUUCAUUUAAAAACAUUGGUUUUUGUAAACUGGCCUGGUUAACUGACCAAAUUAUACUAUUAAAAUAUUUAAAAUUUUACCAGUACGAUAGAAUGUGACGUUUUUGCCCCAGGAAUUGUUUUAACUGGCAGUGACAUAAUGAACCACUUGCAAAUGUGCUUCGUACCUUGAAAGAUGGGAUACAGUAAGGUGUAUAAAAGCAUAUAAUUACAGUAUAGUAUGCUUGACUGGCAUGAAAUUGGACCUUGGGUAAUUGCCAUGGGCCUCCACAAGGGGGAGCUUGUGUGGCACCUCCUCUUGAACCUGCUGCUGCUCCUCAGGUCAAUGACAAGCUGACAUUGUACACACGUUAAGUCAUUUCAUUAGAUGAAUGUAACGCAUCUUAUGUUUUAAACAUGCCUUCAGAAUUGUACACAAAGAAAAUUCCGCUUGGUUUCAGGAAAUGUUUGAUGGAUUUUUUUUUUUUUUUUUUAAAUGUUGAAAUGCUACUUGCUUCAUAAAGCGGUUAAACUUCUCCAGGUCACUCAGGUUAAUUUUUAAUUCAGACAGGAUUCUGACUUUUGACAAUACAUGCUUGUCAGCUUUAAGAUGGACUGGUGAUGCUCCGGUGUGUUGUGUGAGAAUUACUCUGUGGUCUCUCUUGCAUUUGCCAGAAUUUAGUAUUUAUAUUAUUAUGAGCUCUGGGUCAACAGUCACAGCCUGGCAAUAAAAAUACCUUAUCUGUGGAAAAAAGGUAGAAUAUUAGUUCGUCUUAGAAAUGAGUUCUUUCGAGAGAUAUAAUUGGCGGCACUUUUCAGAAAAAAAAAUUAUUCUGCUUUCCUACAGUGUUGUUUUGGUUGUGUUGGAGUUAUUCUAUAACCAGAUUGAAGUGUAAUUGUUAUCCAUGCCAAGGACCUCUCAUCUGCAAAUUUUAUAUGAAAAUAUUCCCAACAGCAUAAUCACCGGAUUUAAUUACAUGUAUGAAAAGAGUUUCUGCAGCAGCACUACUGUCCACCCAUCCUUGGGUAUCAGCAGUGUAACUGCAGACUACCAGUUCACUCCUUUUUGCAUAUUCUGUACAAAUAAGUAUUCUAACUUCCCUGUCAAAAAGGUACUUUCUAUAGACUUUGGGUUUGUUUUUGUGAGGUUAUUUUUGUUCUUUUAAAAGAUUCAUCAAACAAACAGAAAAUAAACUUUAUAUUACAAAGA